AUGGAGGGGGGUGGGAAGGCCGCCAAGGGCGCUUUGAAAGGGGUCGAGGCGAACUCCCCACUCGUCGUUCCCUUUCUCGCCGGACAUGACCGCGGGGACCUUGUGAAUUCGGUCGCCACGUUAGGCGUGGAAAAGCAAGAGGAGGAUCAGGGGGAGGUGGGGGCCAGGAAUCCGACAAACCCACCGCACGCCCAUUGCAUCACGGGUGAAAAAGAAGCAAACUGUCUUUACGCGGCCAUGAAAUCCGACAAGUCGAGCAAACUCAUGGGGAAGCAUGCGGACUACAGGGAUUUCAACCCCCCGUUUCAUGCCGUCUUCAUCGAAGAAACUGGGGAGGACAACACGCAACUCGAGGACAAGGAAGAAAAGCAGCGAAAGGAGCUGUUCCGAUGGCGUAAGGAGGCUUCCAAACCCAGUAUCGCGUCGUUCGUGCGUUUGGUACUGUCAUUGCCACCGCACGAUACUGCCCCUACAUGUUAA